AUGGCUGAAAAUGAUUCGGUUGGUGCAAGAUCCGCGGCGGUACCAAGUGACUUAGACUUUUAUAAAGCGAAGGCUGAUGCUACCUUAAGACAGGUAGAAGCUUUAAAAAGCUAUCUGGAGUCAGAUGAGGCGGUCAACUUCGACGAGACUGAUCUUCAGGUGCGACUUGAUUUUGUCGAUCAAAUGCAAGUGGACUUUGAUAAAAGUCAAACCGCGGUCGAAAGGUUAGACUUGCAGGAGUUGUGCAGUGACGCUCGGUCAAAGUUCGCAAACACCUACCUCGUGGUAAAAUCGCAAAUUUCGCGUGAGCUUGGCAAGCAGCGUAGAUUUUCAGCCGUGAAUUCUACAGCCCUUCCACAUGUCGGUGGUGAUUCGAGACCCGCUGCGCGUGCCACAAGGCUCCCAGAGUUCAAGUUGCCAAGGUUCAGCGGUGCCUAUAUCGAUUGGCCCGAUUUCUACGCGAUGUACAACACCAUUGUGGGCAAUAAUGAUGACCUGAGCAACGUGGAAAAGUUCCAGCAUCUUCGGUCAUGCUUGGAUGGCACAGCGUUGGACACAAUUCGAUCACUGGAGCCCACGGAAGCUAACUAUGAGAAGGCUAUCGAAUUACUAGUUUCGAGAUUUGAUAACAAACUUUUGCAUUUUCAGGCACACAUACGGUCUAUCUGCGGGAUUUCAGGUGUGGAGCAAGGAUCGGCAGCGAGCUUACGACGAUUAAGCGACCAGAUGAAUUCGCAUCUGCGUGCGCUGAAUACCAUGGCAACGACACAGGAGAUCAUGGACGGUCUUCUGAUCUAUCUGGUAGCUUCGAAGUUGGAUCGCCACACUCGAGAGAAAUGGGAAGAGGGUCUGCAGGCAAACAAGCUGCUGAAGUGGAAGGAUAUGGCUACAUUCCUGGAAAAGAGGUGCCGCAUGUUGGAGAAUCUUGAAAAUGCUAUGGUAAUCCCGACACCUAGCAAACAGCGUUCAGCACUUGCGGUGACCACUGAGCCCGUCAUCCAAUCGGAAACCGAUUCCUUGCCAGAUAUUGUCAAACGGUUUUGGGAAAUCGACAGCUACUGUGGAUCUCCAAUUGUCGCAACUGAUGAAGAUGUUUUGUGCGAGCAGCUAUUCCAGAAUACCUUUUCUCGACUCAGUUCAGGGCAAUACUCGGUUCGUUUGCCUGCCAAAGCCAGUUUCGACAUGCUCGGAGAUUCAUACGGUCGUGCCUUACGUCGAUUUAAGACGCUGGAGGGCAAAUUGCUCAAGGAUGUGGAAUUGAAGUCGCAAUACGCUGCAUUCAUCAAGGAAUACAUCGAUCUACAGCAUAUGUCGCUUGCUUCUGAGCAAUCAGUAGCCUCGCAAUAUUACUUGCCUCAUCAUUGCGUGCAGAAGCCGGAUAGUACAACCACAAAGUUACGAGUCGUAUUCGAUGGUCCCUCAAUACAGCCUAAAAUCUUCAGCACACUGCUUCGUUUUCGCUUUUUCAAAGUUGCAUUAUGCGGGGACAUCUGCAAAAUGUAUCGAUGUGUCCGUGUCACUAGCCCUGAUAACUACUUGCAGUCUAUCUUGUGGCGUGACAAUCCAAAUCAGCAAGUCAAGGCUUAUACGCUCGAUACGGUCACCUACGGCACCAAGCCGGCUGCAUUUCUGGCAAUUCGUGCUAUGCAGCAGCUAUCCUACGAUGAGGAAGCUGAGUUCCCGUUGGCAGCCAAAAUAGUUCGAAGAGACUUUUAUGUGGACGAUCUCAUUUCUGGAGGUGACUCGAUCGAGGAGGCAGCUCAAAUUCGUGAGCAGGUGAAGGAAUUGCUAUCCAAGGGUCAUUUUCCAAUUCGAAAAUGGUGUUCAAACGAGGCAGCAGCUUUAGAAGGCGAGCCAGAAAUUGAUCGCGAGAAAACGCUAAGGUUUCAUGAUGGAACUGAUGUCCUCAAACCGCUCGGCUUAUAUUGGGAUGCAAAAUCGGAUCACUUGCUUUUCUCAUUGUCUGGAACUAUGACAGAAAGCGGUGCAACGAAAAGAUCGAUUUUAUCGGCCGUUGCCAAGUUCUACGACCCUCUCGGAUUGAUAGCACCGAUUGUUACGAAAUUGAAAAUAUUUCUGCAAAUUCUCUGGAAAGACAAACUGGAUUGGGACGAGUCGCUUCCGCAAUCUUUGCACUCCUCAUGGCUGGAGCACAUGAAGCAGAUGUCAGCGGUCAAUCAUUUAAAAUUUCCUCGUUUCGUCAUGCAGCCCAACUCGUCGUUGGAGAUACACGCCUUUUGUGACGCAAGUUUAGCAGCAAUUGCGCAGAUUCAGGAUCGCACCAAGGGCAUGACAUGGCGUCAUGUACCAACACACUGGAACCCUGCCGAUAUAUUAUCGCGUGGAUGCUCACCUCUCGAGCUCUUGGAGUCGAACCUGUGGCGAGAGGGACCUCCAUUUUUACGUUCGGAUUCAUCGUGCUGGCCAAAUAUAGCGCCUAUUGUGGACGACUUGCCUGAACGUCGUCGCAUGGUUUUAGUCGUAACCGAGAAACAGGAUAUCUCCUUCGAUUGCAAAUUUCAAAACUCAUUUGGAAAGCUGCAGAGAGUUUUUGGAUAUAUAUACCGGUUCUGGCUUCUCAAGUUUCAAAAUCAAAGGCGUCGCAAAGGACCACUCACAGUCGAUGACGUCAAAGGUGGCACACAUCUACUCAUCAAAGGAAUCCAGCGUGUUUCCUUCGCAGAGGACUACAAAGCAUUGCGAAAGAACAAGCAGGUUGCAUCAAAUAGCAAGCUCUCGUCGUUGCAUCCUAUUCUAGAUGACUCAGGAUUAAUUCGUGUUGGUGGUCGCUUGCAAAACUCGCUUCUGGACUACGAUGCGAGACAUCCCAUUUUGCUGCCAAAGGAUCAUCCUGUCACUCAAGCAAUCGUCGCUCACUUUCAUCACAAGUUUUUGCACGCAGGACCGCAAAGUUUACUAGCUGCCUUGCGCCAGAGGUUUUGGCCAAUUGGAGGCAGAAAAACAGUCGCAGCUAUCUUAGUAGAGGAUUUAUCUACCGCAUCGUUCCUCGCCGCUCUCAAGCGUUUCACCAGCAUCAGGGGCAAGCCCAACACGAUCUGGUCGGACAACGCAACAAACUUCGUUGGUGCGAAAAACGAGUUGCAGGAGCUCAGGGAAAUCUUCCUGGCUGAUCCUCCAAAUAUCGAGCUUCGCAAUGACCUGUUGUCUAAUGGCAUUAACUGGCAGUUCAUACCCCCCGCUCGCCUCAUUUUGGUGGCUUUUUCUGCCAUGCUUAAUUCUCGACCACUCUGCCCCAUUUCAGAAAAUCCUAGCGACUUGGAGGUGCUCACGCCUGGACACUUUCUUAUUGGCACUGCUUUCAACGCCAUAGACGAACCCGACAUCACCCACCUCAACAUCAAUCGGCUAAGUCGCUGGCAGCGAGUUUGCCAGAUGCAGCAGGCGAUUUGGCACAAGUGGAGCACUGCCUACCUAUCGCUACUCCAGGAACGAACUUGGAGGCGUAUAGAGACUGGCUCGCCAACCUCGUGGUACCAGCCGUUCGCGCAUAAGUUGGCCACUAUCGGAGGCACCCCGACACGGAACGGACUCACCGGAGAUCUGGAGUCCUAG